GUAAAUGAAAUACGUAUCCGGCCUGAUCCUCCUCUCAAUGGUCCUGGUGACCUUGUCGCGUGGUCUAUGGGUUUUCCUCCAAAUGGUACCAUUCCAUCAUCUAACCUUGACCACAGCUUUUUGAAUCCGUCCUAUAGCCUGCAGCAAAGACAGGAACAACACUAUUAUCAUCACCAUCAUCAUCACUAUCAUCACCAUCAUCAUCAUCACUAUACCCAUGAUUGUCAGGCUUCCAGUACGGUGCACUGGCCUUCCCCUACCCCUUCUUGCCCUGGACAAACAAGCUUGCAUGGCAUUAAUAGUCUCCCACCAGGCUUAGUAGACCUGGUUCAAGCCACGGCCAACAGUCUCUUUCAUAACCACCAAACAUCUGGGACCGUUUCGGCCCCUUCGAAUCGUGUAAACCACGUUGCAUCCCCAAUUGUCUCAAAUGGACUUGAGUCCUGCCUUGCCUCUGCUGAACAGCUUGCUACUGGUGGUGGUUCCUCUUCUCUUUCCCUCAACUCUAUUCAAUCUACUUUGUCCUCUGCCUCCAUACCCAUUAGCUCUGCAAAUGCUUCUGCCACUCUGCCUGAACCUUCCGUAAGAGGCCGUCGUGGUGCCCGAAGUCGAACAACUCUGGCUGCAGCUGGCAUAGAAGAUCAGCCAUCGUCCACUGCUGGUGGUGUAGAAGAAAUGUCUUGCAAUUCCUCGGUACAAUCUCCUGUUGCAUCUGGCUCAUCUAGCAAUCCUACCGCAUCGGUUGCCACUGUACCUGGCCUUUCCUCUGUUGGUAUUGGCAGUUGUGAUGAUUCUGUCCUGAUAGUGGACGCCGUAAAGUGGCGCCAGUUGGUGCGCGAUUUGAUAGCGAUACGAUCACGAAAUCUGGCCACUAGAUUCGUCCGUUAUCCGGUUGAUACUUGCUCUCGUCUUGAUCCUACGGGAUGGCGUGUUUUAAUUUCUCUAAAUAACAUCGACCACUUGGUGAGUAGCUUGGUCAUUUGA